UAACACCGAAAGAUAUUUCCAUUGAAAUAAUAAAGCAAUUAAUUCAAAGUCCUGAUCAACUUCCUCAUAAAUCCGACUUGGCAAAUUUCCUUAACGAAAAUCCUCCAGUAAAAAUACCACUUUCUCCUACUCAUUUUUACCAAAUUAGUACUACGGGUCUAGAUGGUAUAACUGAAGAAGAACGAGAUACAUAUUUUAUAUUAAGUACAGAAGUGGAUUGUACAUUUCUUUAUUCAAGACUUAUAGGGCAGUUAAUUUACCCUCCUUCAUAUGGAAUAACUGAAGACUCGUAUCAUGAUUUGUGGGAUAGUAUUAUUAAAAAUACGAUAGAGAUGUUUGGAAUGCAUAGCGCUAGUUUACCAACUUUGGAAUUUGAUCGCAAUACUAACAAACGAACCUCAACAGGUCGCAAUCGUCCAGACAUGGUAGUAUUAGUGAGAAACGUUUGUCCUUUUCGAGGUGAAGAAAAUUCCCGGGAAGAAGCAGGAGAUCCUUCAAGUGAAUUAGUUGAUAAGAUCAAAGAUUGGACCUAUGGAGAUGCACCAUAUAUUUUUGCAUACUAUGCUAUUGGUGCUCAAGUCACAUUUGUUGCUUUGUAUAAGCCUGAAAAUAAGAAGAGAAAACUGAAAAUUUGUUCUGAACGGAUUGCGGAGUUUAAUUUAGGGCGUUUGUCAGAUAGAAUUCGCAUUAUGAAUUUCCUUCGAAAUAUUU